AUGCUCUGCGCAAGACCAGAGGCACUGGUGCUCCUGGGAGCUCUGCUGACUGGAUCCCUGGAUCCGGCGGGCGCUCAGGACGCACUCUCGCUGCCCUGGGAAGUGCAGCGCUAUGACGGCUGGUUCAACAACCUGAGGCACCACGAGCGUGGCGCUGCAGGCUGCCGGCUGCAGCGCCUCGUACCAGCCAACUACGCGGACGGAGUGUACGAGGCUCUGGAGGAGCCGCUGCUCCCCAACCCGCGCCGUCUCAGCAACGCGGCCACGCAGGGUGUCGCCGGGCUGGCGUCACUCCGCAACCGCACUGUGCUGGGGGUCUUCUUCGGCUACCACGUGCUCUCGGACCUGGUGAGCGUGGAGACGCCCGGCUGCCCGGCCGAGUUCCUCAACAUCCACAUCCCGCCCGGAGACCCCGUGUUCGACCCCGACCAGCGCGGGGACGUGGUGCUGCCCUUCCAGAGGAGCCGCUGGCACCCCCAGACCGGACGCAGCCCCAGCAACCCGCGGGACCCGACCAACGGGGUGACGGGCUGGCUGGACGGCAGCUCCAUCUAUGGCUCCUCACACUCCUGGAGCGACUCGCUGCGGAGCUUCUCCGGGGGACAGCUGGCGUCGGGGCCAGACCCGGCCUUCCCUCGACUCUCGCAGAGCCCCCUGCUCAUGUGGGCCGCGCCCGACCCCGCCACCGGGCGGCGCGGGCACCAGGGCCUGUACGCCUUCGGGGCCGAGAGAGGGAACCGCGAGCCCUUCCUGCAGGCGCUGGGCCUGCUCUGGUUCCGCUACCACAACCUGUGCGCUCAGAGGCUGGCCCGCCAGCACCCCGACUGGGGGGACGAGGAGCUGUUCCAGCACGCGCGCAAGAGGGUCGUCGCCACCUACCAGAACAUCGCUCUGUAUGAGUGGCUGCCCAGCUUCCUGCCGAAAACGAAAACGCCCCCGGCGUACGCAGGAUACCGGCCGUUUCUGGACCCCAGCAUCUCCCCGGAGUUCGUGGUGGCCUCUGAGCAGUUCCUCUCCACCAUGGUGCCCCCUGGCGUCUACAUGAGAAAUGCCAGCUGUCAUUUCCGGAAGGUCCUGAACAGGAGUUUUGGCAGCUCCCCAGCUCUCAGGGUCUGCAACAGCUACUGGAUUCGAGAGAACCCCAAUCUGAACAGCACCCAAGAGGUGAAUCAGCUGCUGCUGGGAAUGGCCUCCCAGAUUUCGGAGCUGGAAGACAGGAUAGUGGUUGAAGAUCUGAGAGAUUACUGGCCUGGUCCUGGCAAGUUCUCCCGCACAGACUACGUAGCCAGCAGCAUCCAACGUGGCCGAGAUAUGGGGCUACCCAGCUACAUCCAGGCCCUGCGGGCAUUGGGGCUAGAGACCCCAAAGAACUGGAGUGACCUCAACCCUAAUGUGGACCCCCAGGUGCUGGAGGCCACAGCCGCCUUGUAUAACCAGGACCUGUCCCGGCUAGAGCUGCUCCUGGGGGGCCUCCUGGAGAGCCAUGGGGACCCUGGACCUCUGUUCAGCACCAUUGUCCUUGAUCAGUUUGUGCGGCUGCGGGAUGGUGAUCGUUACUGGUUUGAGAACACCAAGAAUGGGCUGUUCUCCACGGAGGAGAUUGCGGAAAUCAGAAAUACCACCCUGCGGGACGUGCUGGUAGCUGUCACCAACGUCAACCCCAGUGCCCUGCAGCCCAAUGUCUUUGUCUGGCAUGAGGGCGCGCCCUGCCCCCAGCCCCGGCAGCUCACAGCUGAAGGCUUGCCCUCCUGUGUGCCCCUUACGGUGCUCAACUUCUUCGAGGGCAGUGGUCCUGGCUUUGGCAUCACCAUCGUGGCCCUCUGCUGCCUUCCGUUAGUGAGUCUGCUUUUCUCUGGCGUGGUGGCCCAUCUCCGGGGACGAGAGCGCAAGAAACUACAAAAGAAAGGCAAAGAGAGUAUGAAGAAGGAAGCAGCCAAAGACGGAGUGCCAGCGAUGGAGUGGCCAGGCCCCAAGGAGAGGAACUACCCCGUCACCAUCCAGCUGCUCCCAGACAGGCUGCAGGUCCUGGACAGGCGUCUCACUGUGCUCCGCACGGUCCAGCUGCGGCCCUCGCAGCAGGUCAAUCUCAUCCUGUCCAGCAACCGAGGCUGCCGCACGCUGCUGCUCAAGAUCCCCAAGGAGUAUGACCUGGUGCUGCUGUUCAACUCUGAAGAGGAGCGAGGCAGCUUUGUGCAGCAACUGAAGGGCUGGGCUCCGGGCCUCCAUGUGGCGCAGAUGGGCGAGAAGGAGCUGUUCAGGCGGGCUGUGACCAAGCAGCAGCGGGCACGCAUCCUGGAGAUCUUCUUCAGACACCUUUUUGCUCAGGUGCUGGACAUCAACCAGGCGGACGCAGGGACCCUGCCCCUGGACUCGUCCCAGAAGGUGCGAGAGGCCCUGACGUGCGAGCUGAGCAGGGCUGAGUUUGCCGAGUCCCUGGGCCUCAAGCCCCAAGACAUGUUUGUGGAGUCCAUGUUCUCUCUGGCCGACAAGGAUGGCAAUGGCUACCUGUCCUUCCGGGAGUUCCUGGACAUCCUGGUGGUCUUCAUGAAAGGCUCCCCAGAGGAUAAGUCCCGCCUGAUGUUUACCAUGUAUGACCUGGACGAGAAUGGCUUCCUCUCCAAGGAGGAAUUCUUCACCAUGAUGCGGUCCUUCAUUGAGAUCUCCAACAACUGCCUGUCCAAGGCCCAGCUGGCCGAGGUGGUGGAGUCCAUGUUCCGGGAGUCGGGCUUCCAGGACAAGGAGGAGCUGACGUGGGAGGACUUCCACUUCAUGCUGCGGGACCACGACAGCGAGCUCCGAAGCACACAGCUGUGCGUCAAAGGUGGCCGUGGAGGUUCUGGAGACAUCUUUAAACAAAACAUCAGCUGUCGAGUCUCAUUCAUCACUCGGACUCCUGGGGGACGCUCCUGUCCCGAGGGACUGGGGCUCCCGGCCUCAGAAGCCCCUGUGCUGAAGAAGAGGUUUGGCAAAAAGACGGUGGGGCCCCCUUCCCGGCUGUACACGGAGGCGCUGCAGGAGAAGAUGCACAGAGGCCUCCUGGCCCGGAAGCUGCAGCAGUUCAAGCGCUUCGUGGAGAACUACCGGAGGCACAUCAUGUGCGUGGCCGUGUUCUCAGCCAUCUGCGUCGGCCUGUUUGCAGACCGUGCUUACUACUAUGCCUUUGCCUCGCCACCCACGGACAUUGCAGAGACCACCUAUGUGGGCAUCAUCCUGUCGCGGGGCACGGCCGCCAGCGUCUCCUUCAUGUUCUCCUACAUCUUGCUCACCAUGUGCCGCAACCUCAUCACCUUCCUGCGGGAGACCUUCCUCAACCGCUACAUACCCUUCGACGCCGCCGUGGACUUCCACCGCUGGAUCGCCAUGGCUGCUGUUGUCCUGGCCAUUUUGCACAGCGCUGGGCACGCAGUCAAUGUCUACAUCUUCUCCAUCAGCCCCCUCAGCCUGCUGGCCUGCGUAUUCCCCAACGUCUUCGUGAACGAUGGGUCCAAGCUUCCCUGGAAGUUCUACGUGUGGUUCUUCCAGACCGUCCCAGGUAUGACAGGGGUGCUGCUGCUCCUGGUCCUGGCCAUCAUGUACGUCUUCGCCUCCCACCACUUCCGCCGCCGCAGCUUCCGGGGCUUCUGGCUGACCCACCAUCUCUACAUCGUGCUCUACAUCCUGCUCAUCAUCCACGGCAGCUACGCCCUGAUCCAGCUGCCGAGUUUCCACAUCUACUUCCUGGUCCCGGCAAUCAUCUAUGGGGGGGACAAGCUGGUGAGCCUGAGCCGGAAGAAGGUGGAGAUCAGUGUGGUGAAGGCGGAGCUGCUGCCGUCAGGAGUGACCCGCCUGCAGUUCCAGCGGCCCCAGGGCUUUGAGUACAAGUCGGGGCAGUGGGUGCGGAUCGCCUGCCUGGCUCUGGGGACCACCGAGUACCACCCCUUCACGCUGACCUCCGCGCCCCAUGAGGACACGCUCAGCCUGCACAUCCGGGCAGUGGGGCCCUGGACCAUUCGCCUCAGGGAGAUCUACUCAAACCCGCAGAGCAACGGCUGUGCCACAUACCCAAAGCUGUACCUUGAUGGACCCUUUGGAGAGGGCCACCAGGAGUGGCAUAAGUUUGAGGUGUCAGUGUUGGUGGGAGGAGGCAUUGGGGUCACCCCCUUUGCCUCCAUCCUCAAAGACCUGGUCUUCAAGUCAUCCUUGGGCAGCCAAAUGCUCUGUAAAAAGAUCUACUUCAUCUGGGUCACACGGACUCAGCGGCAGUUCGAGUGGCUGGCUGACAUCAUCCGGGAGGUGGAGGAGAAUGACCACCAGGACCUGGUGUCCGUGCACAUCUACAUCACCCAGCUGGCCGAGAAGUUUGACCUCAGGACCACCAUGCUGUACAUCUGCGAGCGGCACUUCCAGAAGGUGCUGAACCGGAGUCUGUUCACGGGCCUGCGCUCCGUCACCCACUUUGGCCGCCCCCCUUUCGAGCCCUUCUUCAACUCCCUGCAGGAGGUCCACCCACAGGUGCGUAAGAUCGGGGUGUUCAGCUGCGGCCCACCAGGAAUGACCAAGAACGUAGAGAAGGCCUGUCAGCUCAUCAACAAGCAGGACCAAGCCCGCUUCGUGCACCACUAUGAGAACUUCUGAGCCUGCCCUCCUCAGCUCCUGCUUCCAGCCUCCUGCCUGGUCCCCUGUGGCCCUGAGUCACCGAGCCCUGCUGGCAAUUUCCCUGUCAGAAUCCACCUAGGGCCUUAGCUAGAGGCUGGAGAGCCCCUCACUCGUUGCCCCAUCUGUCCCUGCUCUGAGAAGAUAGACCAGGCCAACCCCCACCCCAGCUCAAACCAUGGCAGGUGUGGCAAGCACAGUGGGGAGGGGACAGUGCCUGCUUGCGACCACUGUGAGGGUGGAGAGAUAUACUGGCAUUUGUCUCCAGUAGGUCCUCUUGUUUCUGUUUGACUUCCACAAAAUCAAUGUAUUGCUUUGGUAUUUUCUUGGAUCAGGCGUUUGAGGAAGGAGGGGGUGGGGAUACCGAGGAGUGAGAAUUUCCUCAGAGCCCAGCACAGAAGCUGUGACGGUCAGAACCUCAAUGUCCCAACUGCCUCAACUCAGCCUCUGGGCCUUUUCCCUCCAGCUCCAAGAAGGAGCAGUGCUACCCCUACCCCUUCCUGCUCCUAGAGGGUCAGGAACCUUGAGGGGGCACCAGGGACCAAAGUAGCCUCCCCAGCCCUGAUGUUCCUAAAGUCGGUGAUGCCCUCACCCCUUGGCAGGCCCCUGUCUGACCCCACUGGAGCAGUUCCUGGGCUCUGGGACUGAGGCAGUCCAGCCCCUCUGCCAGACAGUCAAAGCUCCCUCUCAGUUCCCCACUUCUGCAGGGGUUGGGUGACCGACUGCCCCAGUUUUAGCACUGAAAUUUCCACUUCCAGGAAAUGCCUCAGUUCCAGGCAGAUUAGGACAACUGGUCACCUUACGCAGGAGCCAAGCUGGGCCAUCACCUCCAUACUUGGCUCUUUAAGAUCCUUCCUUUUCCUUCUUCAUCUGGCUCUCUCCUAAAAAGCUGAGCUGUAAAGUAUUUUAGAUUGAGGUACAAUUUAUAUAUGGUAAAGUGUACAGAUCUUAAAGUAAUUGUGUAUAUGUGUCAUCAUUACCCAGGUUGAGAUAUAGAACAUUUUAACAUUUCCAUCACCCCAGAGACUUCCAUUGUACCCCCUUCCAACCAGUCUCCCCCAACUCCUAGGAGCAACCUCUGAUAUGAUUUCUGUCACUCCAGUUUUGGUCACAUUGAAUGUGCUCUUUUGAGACUGGCCUUUUUCGUUUACCAUAAUGCCUUUGUGAUUUAUCCAUGCUGCUGUGUGUGUCAGUGGUUCCUUGUUAUUACUGAGUAGUAUUCACUGUGGAGAUGUACCAUAGUGUGUCAUUUCUUCUGUUGAUGGACACUUGGGGUGUUUCUGGUUCAGGGUGAAUAUGAAUA